GCACAGUCGCAGUUUUAUUUCAGAAUCGCAUCUAGGCGGUGGUCUGCAUUUCGUGCGUCGUUUUUAUUUCACGAAAUGCUACAAACAAUUUUAUUUUUGUUAAUUUAAACUGAAAAAAAAAUGUUUCCAGUUUCUAGUGAUACAAAGUGUCAUAGUUUUGAUCAUGUUCAAGGAAAAAGGAGACUUUACGUUUCAAGAGAAAAUGAAUUAAUAAACGUUUUAAAGGUGAUUGUCAACAACGAAAGAAAGAAUUAUUUCUAAAUUAUGCCUUUAGUGGAAAAAAAUGUGUUUCUGUGCUCGACAACAAUUAAUAUUGAGAAGAAUAAGAAAAAACUCUCGGAAUUUGAUAGUAUUAAUAUCAAUUUGAAUACCCAUGGAGUGACUCAAGAGUGGAGAAGAAAAAAAAUGCUUCAAUUAAUAAUAAAAUCUGGGCCUUUAAUCGCUGCCAACAAGUUGUAUCCGCACAUCGGUUGAUAAAGCACUGAUAACUCUGCGUGUAUAUUAUGCUUUCCUAAUAAAAUGUAAUCCAUAUAGUGUAUAAUGUGCGUGUAUCUGCUAUAACAAUGGAAUUCUAGUGACUUCAAAGAAAAUACAACGAAUGUGGAAUUUACGGAAUAGGAAAAAAGAAAAUUACUAUGAAAAUACAAUGAUAAAUUGAAAAAAUUUAAUCAAAAAAAAUAAAUAAAUAAAUAACGAAGGAUAAAAUAGUAAAUACGAAGACUAGAAAAAAAAGUAUUAAAAAAAAACGUGGCACAAAAAUUAAAGAGGCAACACUUUAGACACAUUAUUUUUAAGAUGGAUUCAGUUGCUGUCACGGUGCCACUUCGUCCACCAGUAAAAAAAAUGAAGAAACGAAAAGAACUCGACGCCCUCGCACCCCAUCGUGUAGUUUCCAGAAGAUGUAAUGGAAAACGCAGAUCUCAGGAAUUGCUGUCAGACAGCAGUGACGAAUGCUCUGAAUUGUGGAAUGUCUCGACACGUGGUCCCCGUAAAUCGAGAAACAGAAGUCAAUCAUGUCCUGGACUCAUAAGAGCUUGUAGCGCUUUUUUGGCUUGUGCCGCAGUCCUUGCCACGGCUAGUUUAAUCUGGCUUUUUAUUGAUGUCCGCCAGCAACUCACAACCCUUCGAAGCGAAUUAGAUCAAGUGAUAGCAGGAAGUGAAGGCCUUCCGGACGCUAUUCAAAAAUGUGAUUCUACUUCCAAACAGUUACAAAAAAACCAAAGUAUCAUAUUUACUCAACUUUCGAAUAUUAAAACGCAGCUCAAUAAUUUAACCGAUCAGAUAACUGCCAUGCAACGAGGUUUACAAACAGUGCAAGAGUCCUUAAAAGCAGAGCCUCAAUUAGCGAGCAUACCGAAAGAUUUUAUGUCUCUGCAAACUAGUGUGGCCAAAGUUGGUAGUGAGAUUAGCGAUUUAAAACCCACUGUCGAUGUCUUAAAAGAUGCAAACAAAAAUUUGUUAAACACACAAAAUAUUACGCAACAGAAAUUAAGCAGCCUUCAGACUUCCUUGCAGGAGUUAAUGAAUGCAACGCAAAAGCCUCAGUUGCAGUCAACGAAUGAAACGAACAUUAAAAUUGACGAUUUGAAAUCAACCAUUUCUCAAUUAGCUAGAAAUUUAACAAUCAUUAAUCAAAAUAUAACCGCUCGACUCGAUUGGGCACGUGAUGAACAAGCAAAGGACCAUAGUAAUUUAGACAAAUUGCAAGACAAGGCAGAGCAUUUACGAGCAGAAGUUGAGACAUUACGUGGUGAUUCUGUAACUAUUCACGAACAGAUAAACGCACUUCAAUCAAGGGACUCUGUGUACAAUAAAACGUUAGUUGAACUAAAGGAAACUUGUAAUGCUUUACAAAAGUCGCAAACUUCAGUAAUGACGCAAGCAACUUCCACAAUCAACAAUUCUGCUAAAGAAACUUUAACGAAGCCAAGUGAGAUGAAAGAAAUUGCCAUGGCGACGGAUCAGAAAAAUUUAGAUGAGAAGCUGAUAAUGAAGGAAAAUAUGUAAGCGGAUAAUAUUUAUAUGCGCGCAAAAAAAGUAUUAGAGUUUGUAAAUAUUAGUGUACUUAAUUAAUGGAUUAGAAGAAAUGCGUUACCUAUAGGAGCCAUAAAUAGUUUGGAAAUUUUUACUUUCAUUGCUAUAUGAAGGAAAUAAUCAUUCUUGAUUUUCACUGCAGUCAAGUGUGAGAGAUAAUUUUGUAAAAUUUCGUUUUAUUUGUAAGAAUUCUGUUUUUUGAGACUGAAAAGUCCGGGACGAUUUUUGGUAACAAAAAAGAAAAAAUUAAUAUUUUAUUUUGUCAAUUGUUAUUCUCGAGACAUUAAUUUCUUACAAAAAUUAGAAAAUGUCAAAAUUAGAAAUUUAAGUAGAAAAAAAAAUUCUUUUUCGUUUCUAAAAACGUUCCGGACUUUUCAGUUUUUUAUGGAUAGAUUUUCAGUAUUUCCAAACAAAAUUUCUAUUAAUUCUCGAAAAUUCUUUUCAAUUUCAUUUUUAUUCUAUUCUUUCUUUUUUAAAUUUUUCUUUCUUUUGUCUUUUCCUUUCCUUUUUUUAUUUUUAAUUUAAUUUAUUUAGUAAUUAUAGCACCUCGCAAAAACUGUCAAUGAAGCACGUCAAUAAAUUAUAAAAAGACGUAUUGUAGAAAA